GGAAAUUGUCUUUGACGCACAGUCUUGAGGACCGUCGAGAAUCAAAAGAUUUUUUAGCCGUGGGCAGCCGUGGCAAGCAGUGAAUUACGCUUUUAUGGCUAGUGUGUCAACAGUCAAGCUCUUUUUGGUUGGUGAUGUCAUGUUGGGUCGUGGAAUUGACAUGAUUCUGCAUAAUCACAAUGAUCCUAUCUUGUAUGAAGGGAAUGGUCUUAAUGCUAAGGACUAUGUGCAUUUGGCAGAGCAGCAAAAUGGACCAAUACCUGAAGAAUGCAAGCGGGGCAUUGAUUAUGUAUGGGGGGAUGCAAUUGAAAUAUUAAAAGACAAGAAACCUGAUGUAAGAAUGAUAAACCUUGAAACAUCAAUUACAACAAGCAGUACRCCAUGGCCRAUGAAAGGAAUACAUUAUCGCAUGCAUCCAGAUAAUGUUWAUGUUAUUGCUGCUGCACAAAUUGACUGUUGCAUCCUUGCAAAUAACCAUGUUGCUGACUGGGGCUUUGAAGGGUUAAACUCAACUCUKACAACACKGUCAGAAUCAAGUAUUAAGUAUGCAGGGGCUGGGCAUAAUCCASAGGAAGCCCAGUCACCAGCCAUCUUUGAUAUUGCAGACAAGGGCAGGGUGCUUGUUUUUGCUGGAGGCCAUCAUACUAGUGGAAUACCUGAUGAAUGGAAAGCAACAAAUCACCAUGGCGGAGUAAAUGUCAUUGAGAUUUUAAACACUAAAAAGUCUGUUCAAGAAUUGAAGAGUUUGGUGUCCAAGCAUAAGCAAGAGAAUGAUGUUGYAGUCCUUUCUCUUCAYUGGGGAGGAAACUGGGGAUAUGAUAUUCAUUCAUCUUUUAGGAAAUUUGCUCAUUCAGCUAUUGACAAAGCUGGUAUAGAUGUCAUUUAUGGUCACUCCUCUCAUCACGUCAAAGGAAUGGAAUGUUACAAUGGCAAAUUAAUCAUCUAUGGUUGUGGUGAUUUCUUAAAUGAUUAUGAAGGUAUAACAGGUCAUGAGGAAUUCCRUGAUGAUCUUGCUUUGAUGUACUUUGCUGAUAUUGACUGUAAAAAUGGGAAAUUAGUUGAUUUAUGCAUGGUUCCCACCCAAACAAAACACAUGAGAGUAAACCRUGCCCCAGAGGAGGGCAUCAAAUGGCUGUAUAACACUAUGAAAAGGGAGUGCAAGAAAAUGGGAUUAMAAAUUGUACAACAGCAGACUGAGCUGCAUGUGGCUGGAAUUUUAUAGAUGGUGCUAUAUUUGAAGAAUGAACUAUGGCAGAAAGGGGUUGAUGCUUGCAAGGGAACUGCAUAACAAACSUUUUUGAAAUAGUUGAGUUUCUGGAUCUCUUUUACGCUGUGUUAGCCUCAACUGUGUGCAAGAUAUUCAGAACUUUUCAGGGAUGCCAACCCCCGAACUUUUCAAAUCUUGAGAACGAAAAUGAUGACAUCAUACCGGAAAUGACGUUUCAUAACAUUAUCGAUGACGUCAUUGCAUUUAUUAAAUUUCGUUAUAACUAGUGAUUUGACUGGAUGUAUCUUAACCAAUCAUAUUAUAGAUUGUAUUGUGCAAUUGAAAAUGGCCGCGGAUGGCGUGCAGUGUUAUCAGAAGACUGGGAUUUUUGUAUUUUUUCAGAACUAAAAUGAUAUGCAAGGUAAUUUGAGUUUUAAUAGAUGAAAAGAGAUAUAUCAAAAAACUGAUAUAUGAAUCGUCAUUAUCCGGGAGAUUUAGCGGUAAAAUCUUGAGACCGGGAGAAACGGUCGAAAAUCUUGAGACUCMCKGAUUAUCCGGGAGAGUUGGCAUCCCUGACUUUUGAUAAAACUCGUGAAAUUUCAAACUAUUUCCAUUGUCUUCUCUACUCAUGGAUAUCUUCCAUUUGCACGGGCUGUUAGUUAAUAAGAGAAUUUAUUACAUGGUUUUGUGGCUAAAAGAGCAUAAAAGAGAUCGCUAAAAGAGUUAUUGCUCUUUCUAACACUUUGUUGAAUGACAAAUGGACAAUAUGUAGAAUUCGAUUUGUAUAUGAACCAUUGCUGUCAAUCAAGUGAAGAGCUUUGUCUUUACAGGCUGAUUGCUGUGAAUGACUGGAAUAUAGCUGCAUCAAACUGCUUGACAUGUACGUAACUGUAAAAAAUAAUAUUUCUGAUAAUUUAUUAUUAUUUUUUGUAUCUACAUUAUGCUAGUCCUCUAUAAAUAUGUAUAAAAAAUGUAUAGUCUAUAUUUCUGGUAAUUUGCUACAAGCUUGUAUUUUUUAUGCAAUGAAUAAAUUUAUACUAUU